CGAUCUCGAACUGCCACAAACGCGCAGCUGCAGCAUUGUGCGACUCAGGCGUGGACCCGACAAAAGACAAGGCCCAUGUCUCUCUGCUGCAAACUGCGACCAUGGACGACGAGCAGGCGAUGAAGGACGUUCUACAGGAUGCGCUGGACGAGCUGGUGUCCACGCGAUCAUCCUCGGCGCGUGUAGGCGAAGUGCUCUCCGAGCUGGAGCGCUUCAUGGCCGAGUUGUGCUCACAUCCACAUACCGACCGGGAGGCCGCAGAGAGGCUAUUUGUGUUCACAAGGUUGCAGGAUACAUUCGAGUGCAACGUUCCUUCUCGUGUCCUGCAAUGGAUGGUAUCCGCGCAAAAGCGUUUGGAAGAGGUCACUAGCACAAGCAAACCCUCGUCCGAGUAUCAUGACCGCAAACGCGAAAUCUCAACCAUAUCAGGACAACUCGUACAAGCUCUUUCGAUUGUUCAGGGUGUGACACUCACACAUAAGGGUAGCAAACGAUUUCUAGGGAGACAAUAUGCUAUGGAGAUUAUGCUCAAUCUGCUCCUUACAUCACGACAUGUACCAUGGGCCACAUCCUUGAAGGAUAGCGAUAAGGCUUCGUCCUCGUCAUCCAAAGCGAAUAACGACGACAGCACCCCGUCACAUAACGUGAAUCCCGCUUUCAUGCACCUUACGUGCGUCGCUCUGGACACCUUGCUUUGCAUUCUCGUCGAUGCUUCCCAAUCUCUCCGAGUCUUCGAAGAGCUGAACGGUGUACAGCUCGUUGUCAAGCUCUUGAAGCGGUCUGGCUCACCGAGAGAGAUCAGGAUGAAAUGCCUAGAAUUCCUGUACUUCUAUUUGCUCGACGAAACUGGCGUAUCGACGGCCACCUCGCCCAAUGACAUAUCCCAGUCAGAGGUCGAGACCCCCUUGGACAGCGUUUCCACCUCGCCAACAUCACCUACCGAUCGAUAUAGUACACCCCACCGCUCUGGCCCAUCCAUAUCUAGCAUAGGCUCCAGAGACACAUCCGGCUCCUCACUAUUCUCCGCCGCUUCGUCUGUUUUCACUGCAGCGACCUCACUUCCUUCCGGACAAAACACGCCAAAGCCCUCAGCGUACUACCCUCGGACACCGAGUCGCCCACUCCCGCCCCCCGCGCUCCCCCACACCUGCGGCUCCCAGCGCCCACAGCAGCGAAACCUCAUGAUGCUCAAGAAGGACGUGGACUACACGCCGCAAAGCCCCAAGAAGGCGCAAAUAGCUGGACUGGGAGUGGGCACGCCUCGGUCCGCGACGCCGAUGCGGACACAGUCCAAGCUCCGCGCAGCAGAAGACUUACUCUCAUCCGAGGCAUCCGAGACGGACGAUAACUCUGACCCUCUGAGGUUUCCCCCUACCACACCGCGCCCGAAGGUCGCCGUGUCUUCGCUCAAGCGGGCAGAGUCCACGCCCUUAGCGGCAUCUUCAUCCGAAGCCCCAAAGACCCCCGUGCCGCUGAGCAAACACCGUCGCGCACGGAGCGAGCUCGAUGUGCUCAGUACACCGGCCGCGGCGGGGACGCCCACUCAGGGACGGGCGACGUCUUCAGGAGCAGUGCUGCAGCGUGCGACACAUCGGAGGGCGACACACGCGAAGACGACAGAGGAGAAGAAGGAGCUGUUGGGUACACUGCUCGGCAACGUGGACGCGUUGGUAGCGGGUGUGCGACAGCAGGGCAUCUGGGGAUUGGGAUAGGUAUGAGGCGUGUGUUGGCUGCACAAGGACAUUGAUAACGAGCAUGGUCGGAUUUGUGAGUCUGGAUAUCGUCGUACUUGCUAUCGUUGCUGUCUCUUUGUUGUGCAGAAAUCUUAUGCUAGGCAUAAUUGCGUGAUAAUCAUUCUAGG